UGGCCGACGAAGUUGCGUAAAACAAUUGACAAACCAUCUUCUUCAAAUUGACCUCAUUUUACUCUCUUAAAACCCCAAGAAACAACAAACUACACUACUGAGGAACAAAUCAAUCAUCAAGCUCUCGAGAAAACGCGAUAUUAAGCGAAUAAGGAAUUUUUUAGUGACAAAUUGAGUCGACGAAAGUUUGUUGUGGUUGAUAUACCUUGUUGCAUUUCACAGGUUUGAAUCGGUUUGAAUUAAAAAAAUAAGUCAAGUUUAGAAGGAAGGAGUUAGUAAUGAAUCGAAUUCGUUUGCAUUAUUAAGGAUUAAAGAUGACUGGCACAUUUGUCCCAGUUGACUUGGAUCAAGUCUUGGAUGAAUUUGAAGAACAAGAAAUGAAAAAUGGUUCUCCUCAAAAAACUAACAUCAACACUAAACAAAAUGACUCUCUUGACGCCCCCCAAGGCAGUAUUCAUYCACAUAUGAGAUUUCCCAGCGUUGAUGAACCCAGAACCUACUCAUUUAACGGUCCUAUAGAUGCUAUAUUAGAAAACCAUUCGAAUAAUAUCGACAAAUCAAGUGGUACUAGUCUUGCACAAGAACUUGCUGGUUAUGAUUUUGGGACUCACCUUCAUGAUGAUGAUCAUGAUGAUCAUGAGGACAGACCUGAUGAUCACGAUGAUGUUAAUGGUGGGGAUCACAAUGGUGUAACUCAUAGUAAUUUAGACCAAAAUACAGCUGAUGAUAGUAAUGUUAGCGAGAUGGCAAGUGAAACUAGCAGCACAUCAGAUGUUAUUGCUGCAGCUGAAAAAAUAACAUCAGAAAAUAACUUCUCUCUCCAAAAAUCAAGCACUUCUUCUGCGCAUGAAUCAGAAUCAAAGCCUUUUAGCCUUGACACUAAUGACUUGAGCGAAGGAAUUCAAAGCUCUUCUACUUCAACUCUCUCAAGUCAAUCCAUCACAGAACAAAACAAGAAGUUAGAAGACGAGCCAGAUUUUCUUUCUGUUUUAAAUUCUGUAGUCGAAGAAAAGUCUAUGUGCGUUCAAGGUUCAAAGUCCCAAACUGCUUCAUUUAGUAGCUAUGAUGGUUCAACGUCUUCAAGCACAGAAUUGAAUGAAAUUAAAGAUAUAUUGGUUGAUAAAACACAGGACCUGGCUUGUGCGACAGAUGAAAUUGGUGAUUCUAGAUUAAAUGAUAUCUCAAAUGAGCAAGGAGAAAAAUUCUCUGCUUUAGAGCCCGAUUCAAUAGACUUUGAUUCUACUGAAGAUUCAAAACAAUUGAGUAGUAAGUACCCUGUUGGUGGUGAUAGCGAAGGUGAUAAUGUUCAGCCUUCAGAAGAAAAGACUCUUAAUAUUGAAGAUAAUUUUUAUAGAUCGAAAGAAACAAUUCCAAGUGGCAAAGUUUUGGAAGCUGAUGAUUUAACAGGUGUUCUUUUGUCAGAAAAUAUUAGCGCCUCAGAUGAUGUUGAUAAUACUCACCCUAGCGGCGACAAGGCAAAAGUAAGAGGUAAAAGUUCCAUGGAGAAUUUUGAAAUUGCUUCAUGUAGUACUGAUAAUGACAUGAGUACAGAUAAUACAGUUGCAGGUGAGAAUCUAUUUUUCAAUACUACAAACAACGAAGCAAGUGCUUCAGAAAAAUGCAUUGAAAGUUGGGAAAAAGAAGGCAAUGUUCACAAUGAAGAAAGCGAAGAAGGAGAUGGAGAAUUAGUGCAUGGCGGCCAGCCUAAUCAACAAGAUGGUGACACUUUGCUAUUAGAUUUAAAGGAAGAGACGUCAUUAGUCAAUCCAGUGAUUCCUUCUGAUAGUGUAGCCAUUGACAAUGGGUUGCCCCAAGUGGGAAGACCAGAUGAGAUUGUACAAAAUGAUCCAAAUUUAUUAGAGAAUUUAACACCUCAGGAAACAGAGUCUGUGGCUAAUCGCAUGAGUCCUAUUGACAGUGGUUCUGCUGAUAGUUUAUGUGGGACGCAGGAUGAGGACACAGUGGGCAUGGGAAAUGAACCAACUGGUGUUCAUGCUGGUGAACAAUCAAAGACAGACUUGGACUUCAAAAUGUCAGCAAUUCACAUCAGUAGUGGUGACCCAGAGAUGGGUUUUGUACCCCCAAUAUGGGUACCUGAUGAUGUGGCAACCCAUUGCAUGAAUUGUGGGCUAAAGUUCUCUGUGAUAAAGAGAAAACAUCACUGCAGGGCAUGUGGAAAGGUUCUCUGUUCAUCAUGUUGCAACAUGAAGUUUCCUCUGCCAUACAUGGGCAAUAAAGAUGCACGUGUCUGUCAAGUGUGUUGCGACAUUCUUGUUAGAGGAAAUCAUCAAACAUUGUCAUCAGAAAACCUCCAAACAAGUGCUCCAGCAACCCCUAAAUCAGAUGAAAACAGCGAGGUAGCACCAGGCCCUGAUCAUGACAAUGGGUCCAUACAUGCUGCCGAAGUCCCUCCACCUACACCAGCUGAGGAGGAAGACCUUGAUGAAGAUGAGCAACUGGAUCAAGCACUGGGAGGAAGUGGUGGGGAAGAAGAACAUGAAGAUCAGGGUGACGCAGAAAAUAAUUUGGACGCACAUUCUCCAGAUGUCUCCACCCUAUCCUUACCAUCUGACCCACACACUCUACCCAUCAAUGAAGGUGGUUCAUCAGCAUCUUUGUCCUCAGCACCUCUAUCUCCAACAUUAUCUGACGACAGUGAUAUUUCUUUUCGGCUUGACRUUGAGCAUGUGAGGGCGUUGAUCCCUCAAGAAUCAUCUGCUUUGCCUCCAGUUUUGAAUCUACACAAAAAUACUAUUGCUAUCAAGGAGCACCCUGAUCCAGCUGAGAUCAUGUAUCGCUUGAAAGGAAAGGGAGAGACAGUCAUCUUUUUGCUGAACAAGAAUCUCAUUGUCAAAGUAAAAAUUGUCAAAUUGCGCUGCUGUGUGAAGAAGAAGUGUUGGUGCUUUGUCACCGAUGGAAUGGGAGCAGCCAGCCAGGAAGAAAUGGUCAUCCUUUUAGAAUGCCAACAUAAUGAGAACACUGUACCCAAAGAUGUCCUUUCUCACKUCAACACGGCUUUCAGCUAUGCUAAACAAGGCCAUGUGGUAUCUGAUCUUGGUUUUACUAUAUUUGGUCAACCCUUCCUCGGUAGCUCUGACAAUGCUGGAUUUCUGUACAUCAAGCCCACAUUUCAGUGUCUUGAGAAUCUCCCUCUGCCGUCAGUCCCCUACGUGGUCGGUAUUCUUAUCCAGCGGCAAGAAGCACCAUGGGCUCAGCUCUUUCCUCUACGGCUCAUGUUACGACUGGGAACAGAAUUCAGAUAUUAUCCUUGUCCUUUAUGGAGUGUGCGUAACAGGCCGUCCGUGUAUGGCGACAUUGGACACACGAUAAUGAACCUACUCACGGACUUUAAGAACUUUCAAUACAGCAUCCCAAGGAUCACUGGUUUGAUCAUUCACAUGGAAGAUACGAAAACUAAAGUGCGCCUGCCGCAGRAUAGAUAUGAUGAGAUUGUUAAAGUCCUAAAUGCAGCAGAAGAACACAUGUUUGCAUUUGGUGCCAACUUCAGCAGCGAGGCAGAUUCGCACUUGGUGUGCAUCCAAGAGGGAGAAACCUACAAGACGCAAGCAAUAAAUAUACAGAAUAAGACUAGAAAAGUUACUGGAGCAAGCUUUAUAGUAUUCACUGGGUCACUCAAGACAAGCAAUCCUAAUGAUGCUAAAGUCAGUAUUAUUGAAGAUGGUUUAAUGAUUCAGAUGUUACCAGAUGCUAUAUUAGAGUUACGGAGAGCACUGCGUGAAAUGCAAGAUUAUGUAAUCCAGACAGGCAGUAAUACAGCUGAGGGUACUGUUAACCAGGUGACUGUAGAAUGGGCCACCAGAGAUGCCAAUCAACAAGCGUACAUUAGCCCAAUAGACGGACGGUCACUAACUAACUUACCCAGCAUCCAAGUGCACAGUAGUUGUGACUUCACUAAACCCGACAUCUAUAGAAUAAKAUGGACAAAUGUCUUCCUGGAACGAAAUGGUGAAAGAAGCUCCAGAGGGUUGUCAUCUAGAGGACUGAGCCACCUUACGGCAGAGCUGGCACGUGCAUGUUGCGAGGCCUUGAGACCACAUCUGGUUGGGCUUUUUCAACUGGACCUGAAACAACUGUCACUGAGAGUAAACAUUGAUUCAGACUCUGUCGAGUACAGCAUUGGUGCAAAUGAAGAACCUUUACCAGCCAAUCUAAUGGCAGACUUAGACAGUGCUCUUGUCCCAGCCAUUAAUACUGCAGCUAUGAAGCAUCGCCGAGGCCCACUGGCUGUAGAAUUAUUUUUCAGUAUCAUUUCACUCUUUUAAAUUUUAAUAUCCAAAUAUAUUUACCCGCUUUCCUAUUGCUACAUGUAUUCUGCGACAUUGAAUAGUCAAUUGUUUAAAGCACAUACUAAGUCUGCCCUUCAGCCAUUUUUAGUGUCCUCAUGCAACACGGCAACAGGAGGGCACUAGAGGGGAGCUUGUGAGUUUAAAAUGGGGGGUAGGGAGUUUGGAAGGAAUUUUGAUUCUAGGAAAGUGUGGUGGUGUGUGCUGUUAGAGCAGUUUUUGUAGGACUGUGAAAAGGUCAGUGCCGUGUGCGUGCCGUGUAGUAACCGUGAUGUUUUCUAGAAUUUUAAUUGGCUAAUUUUUUCUCAUGCAAUAUUAUUGGUCUGGCAGUGCCGUGACGUUGGCAUGACCGUGUCCGAGCCGUGAUUGCGGCAUGUUUUGGGUUUUUGAUUGGAUGAAGAGUAAAUUAUCUUGCAAUGUCAUUGUAUUGGGGCUAGUACCUUGCCGUGUCUUUACUACUCUACUUGUGCCAUAAGCUUUUCACAGUCAUACGAAAACUGCUAUAAAUGUGUUGCCUCUUGCUGCUAUGAUCAUGGGUUGAAUCGUCACUAUCACCAUGAUGUGAGUCGAGUUGCUUGUUAGCAAGAUCCAACUUUAAAUUCCAACUUAUUAUUGAAUAAGGGCCACAGAUUUGUUAGCUACUGGCCAUUUCGAGGACAAUUUUUAACAAAAGCAAUUUGACAGAAUCUUGUUACUCAAUAUGUACAUUGAUUUUUUCCACUGCUUUCUCAGACUCUUUAUACUCUUCUAAAUAAUUCAACAUUUCUUAAAAAUCAUCUUUACAUUACUUGGCCUCUUGCUUUUCUCCAAAACCUGCUUUAUGCUCUGUAUUCCUCUUUCCUGGGCAGCAGUAUAUAAAUCAAUACAAUAAUAAUACCAAUACAAGUUGUAAUACCAGUUUAUUUACAGAAAUAUAAAAUACAAUGACAUUA